AUGAACGAGAGAUUUUUCGGGGAUCCGGGCCCGGGCCGCGGGAUCCGUGAGAUUUUGGUCUCGGAAAGAAUUCAGAAAGAUGAGCAACAGGUCCAGGAAGGCUUCUGAUCCGGAAAACCCGGAAAAAUCCCAAGAAAAAGACCCGAAACCAUGAACGAGAGAUUUUUCGGGGAUCCGGGCCCGGGCCGCGGGAUCCGUGAGAUUUUUGGUCUCGGAAAAGAAUUCAGAAAGAUGAGCAACAGGUCCAGGAAGGCUUCUGAUCCGGAAAAACCCGGAAAAAAAUCCCAAGAAAAAAAGACCCGAAACCAUGAACGAGAGAUUUUUUUCGGGGAUCCGGGCCCGGGCCGCGGGAUCCGUGAGAUUUUGGUCUCGGAAAGAAUUCAGAAAGAUGAGCAACAGGUCCAGGAAGGCUUCUGA